GCUAUGGGCUAUAUACGGAUGAUAAGAUCUGGUGGCCUCCACUGUAGCAGCAACGCCAUCAGAUUUGUGCCUGAUCUUGAAGAUAUUGUAAAUUUUGAAGAACUAGUAAAAGAAGAAGGUCUUGCAGAAGAAACAUUAAAAGCAGCAAGGCAUUUGGAUUCAGUCCUCAGUGAUCACACACGAAAUUCUGCUGAAGGCACGGAGUAUUUCAAAAUGCUUGUAGAUGUUUUUGCUCCAGAAUUUCGAAGGCCAAAGAAUAUACAUCUUCGAAAUUUCUAUAUCAUUGUUCCCCCUCUGACCCUCAACUUUGUAGAGCAUUCCAUUAGCUGCAAGGAGAAAUUGAAUAAAAAAAAUAAAAUUGGAGCUGCUUUUACUGAUGAUGGCUUUGCCAUGGGUGUGGCUUACAUUUUGAAGCUUUUGGAUCAGUACCAGGAAUUUGACUCACUUCACUGGUUCCAGUCUGUUAGAGAGAAGUACCUGAAGGAGAUAAGAGCAGUUGCUAAGCAACAGAAUGUACAGUCAGCUAGUCAAGAUGAAAAACUGCUACAAACCAUGAAUCUCACUCAGAAGCGCUUGGAUGUCUGUCUACAGGAAUUUGAAUUGCUCUAUUUCUCACUGAGCAGUGCAAGAAUUUUCUUCAGAGCAGACAAGACUGCGGCUGAAGAAAACCAAGAAAAGAAAGAGAAAGAAGAGACAAAAACAAGCAAUGGAGACCUGUCCGACAGCACUGUGUCUGCAGAUCCUGUGGUCAAAUGAUAUUGAUGGUAUGUGUUGCCCCUCUGAGAUAAUCAGGAUUGUGUCAGGACUGUUGCUGGUGAAAUGAGGUUAAUGAGCUAAUGAUGAAGUGGGUCCUGGGCCACAUCUCUGGUAAUCGGUGGAUGUUGCAACUCUGUAAAGCAGUGCUCUAAAGUUAAGUCUGUUCUUCUUCCAAAGGCUCUACUUUUCAAAGGUUGAGAAUGAGGUUUUAAAUUGGAUUUUUGCCUGGACUUUAGGCUAGCAGAUGUGCCUGUGGAGAGUCAUGUGAAGUGAAGCCGUGGAAGGGCCACUCCGGAUUCCUAAACUGCUGCCUCAGAGCUCUUGUAACCUGCGUGAGGGUUUUUCAUUUGUAUUUGCAUAGGUCUUGGAUCCAUUUUUGUCUCAGUCAUUGGAAAUUCAGUGCAUAUGCUAUGUACAGCCAGCAAAUACAUGUUUAAACAAAAUGAAUGAAACCUGAAAUUCAUGAAGCAUACAUAUCAAUAUUCUUAUAACAGGAAUAUGUAAAGAUGGUUUUGAUAGUAGAGGUGAGGCACAAGUAUGUUACGUACCUUUAAUGUACAGUGUAAAACUGAUUCACUGUUACUUUCAUGUGACUCACGAGAGCUGUUAAUGUCUUUGGUAAGACAUUUUAUAACUAGUUUACAUUGCUUUGAAAACAUGUAACCUCCAACAACUGCUUUAAGAUUUACUUAAUACUCAAGAUGAAAGAAAAUUCAGAGAAAGCCAUAAGAGUCCUGCUUGAAGCUUCACUUUUGGUUGAAGGCACUACGUAUGAUAUCAGAGAAAAUUAUAUGGAUUUUUAUUUUCACAUCCAAACUCAGGUUUCUUCUACAUUAGGUUGAAUUGAAAUCUUGGUGAUAGUUUGGGCAGACUUUUUCUUUAAACCAAGUAUAAUCUAAGACAUCAGAUUAAGCACUGUGCAGGCUUUUUAAAAAUUACCACUGUGACAAUAAAGUUCUAAUAACUUAAAUCAUUUACUGAUUUAAAAAGUACAGUAAGAUUUUGAGUAAAUUUAGUUCCUGGCAGGCUACUAGCUUUAUUUUUGUAAAGAUUAUGUCAGUUAAUAAUUAAAUGGUUAAUCAUGACCUAUAUAUAAUCUUUUAAUAUGAUACAGUGAUACUUUUACAAAGAAAACAAAGUUUAAAACUGUACACGUAAUACAUCAUUUGGGAAAUACUUGAUUUUUCCAUUGCACUUGCCUAUUAAGCAUUUCUUUGGGUAUAUCCUGCAAGGAAUUCUAACGUUGUUUGAUUUCCAGCUUUUGGAACAGGUGUACAAUGCCCUAUCUAUAUUCAUUGGUUACUGGCAGGGUAACUUUCCCAGCCCAAGAUAAACACUUCACUGUUCAGUCAGAAGAAACAGAAUAGGUAGAAAAUGGUUUUUGUUUAUUAUGUAAACAUGACUUACAGAAUUCUGUACAAUGGAUGGAUUAAAGGCAUUUAAUAUUUGUAAUUCAUACUAACUGUAGAAAUGGCCCUAAAGCAUGCUGCAUAAUUAGUAAUUUAUAUUUUCAUUAUUAUAAAUGUUAUAUUAAUGAUUUUGCUUUGAUUGCAUCAAAUUCGUCACCAUUUCAUAGCAACAAUAUUGUUCUGUUUUUUUCCUCUGACUUCCCUAAAACAAUCUCCUUUAAUAUGGAUAGAAAUUGUCAUUGGAAGAGAAUCCAGUGUCUCUGUUCAUUAUCCCCACAUAUCAGUUAUUAUCGAUUUUGUGAAUACUGUGUAGAGUUCAUAUGCUGACUCCAUGGAUAUGUACAUUGAGAAGAGAGUGAUUAUUAUUUUGCCAUUAGUUCAAAAUAAUGUCACUGCAGUCUGGAUAAGUUACACAUAUUUGAAAUAAAAUCUCUGAAAAGAUUAAGCAUACUUAAAUGCUAUUAAAGUGCAGAGCAGUAGGGCUUGAGUGUUUCACACCAUUUAAUACACACAUUUAGAUGAUGGUUUUCUUUGCUAACAUAUUGUUACAUAUUGUUUUCAGACAUACUGUAAUUUAAAAUUAGUGUGAGCAUUUGUUGUAAAUUCACAAAAAAAUUCAAUAAUGUUCAAAUUCUCAGGAAUUAAGGACUAACCAUAACUUUGUCAGUUCUAAUUAAGUUUUGUAAAGGAUGGCAAGUUUAUUACUUCACUUGAAUGUGGGGCUCCCCCAAUUCUAAGAAAAUAUAUGUAUAAUAAAACAUUAAUAAAUACAGUUUUAAUAAUUUA